CAAGCCCCACGCUCUUUUCAUUUUCACCAUCACUAUCCAGAGCAAGGGUUUUUUCUCUCUCGCCUUUUGUUUUCUCUCUGCUUUUUUCUGUGAGUGCAUCAAUGGCGGACCAGGAGGUUCAGAACGGCGGAGCCGAGAAGGUCGCUACUGAGGCCAAGAGUGUGGCUCUCGAUCUCCACGCUGUGCUGGGAGUGGAAGCACCCAAGGCUGACGACGCCGUUCAGUUCUACAAGGCGGUCUUCGGCGCUGUGGAGGUUGAGCGUGGCGCGAACGCCAAGCGUAAGGCGGACCUGGAGCGCCCUCUCAUCCAUGUGUUGCUUCAGUUUGGCUCCUGCAAGGUUUUGGUCGUUGAUCGCCUUGAGGAUGAGUUGAAGGCUCAUCAAAACAGCACUGGUCUGGCAUUGGUCUGUGAGGGGGAUAUUGAAGCUGUGAUGAAGAAGGUUGUGGCUGCUGGAGGGAUUACAGAGAGUGGUGGUGUGACUGAGGACCAUGCCUUCCCUGGAAAGCAGUACUCCGGCAAAGUCAAGGACCCAUUCGGCAUUGUCUGGACCAUUGUUGGCAACAAGACCAUCACCGCUGCUUCUGAGACUGGGCCAGAAAACACCACUGCUGCCGAGAUUGAGGCAAACAACACCACUGAUGCGUAGACGGUUCUAUGAUCCAUGUUUACAGCUUUUGACUCUCCGUUUGAUCUAAUGUUUAAUCAAGUAGUAGGAUGAAUUAUCUAGGCUGAUUCUGGGUUAGGUGUAGUUGCCUUUUAUGUUUUGCCCAUUGGGCGUAAUCAUGGGGUUUAUUUUGAGGAUAUGAACCUAGACCUUGCUAUGGCAUGGUGGCUUUAACAGACAAUUUCUAUGGUCCAAUCGAUAUUGAUGUUUGCUAUUUCUAAAAUAA